AGCACUACCACACUCAAGUCGAACCGUAACCGUAACCGCCAGCAAGGUAAGCACUAUUCCUCUGCAUAUGGACCCAUUCAUGACACUGCAAAUCUUGAUCUAUCUGCUAACAAAGUCGUUUUCUUUUAUGAUGGACAGACAAGGCGCGAGCUGUGCCAUUGCCGCGUUUAUUUGUCUCCAAUGGCGUGCGAUACAUACUAGCUAUCUCGCUACCUGCCACAUUCAUAAACAAUACAACCAGCAGCGAACAACACAGGGAUGUGUACAGAACAUAUGUUACAUUACUAGACUACAACACGCGUUCUACAAAAUAAUAAAGAAAAAGUAAUGUGUCAAGGUAGGGAGGGGAAGGAAUACAAUAGUUGCCAUAUAUCACAAAAAGACCAAAAACAAAGACGCUAAAAAAAAAAGUCGAUAAAGUAACGCCCCUCUUAAAAAAGUGUUCA